AUGGCAAGUGUACAGAGGAUAAAGUUGUUCUUUUUUAUAUUUGGUAUAACGGUAGGCCUUUUUCUGACAAUAAUAUUCAAAGUUCCGGAUAGCUGUUCCAGGAGAACAUCAGUAUUUUUUGGUUCAAGUGACCAUGGCUCUUAUGAAAGGAUAGCAGAUUCUGGGAAAACUUAUCUUGAAGAAAAAGAUAAAUCUUUUAAUAAUUCUGUUGCAAAAAAAUUAUACAAAGAAGUUAGAUUGUUAUGCUGGAUUCUUACGAGUCCCAAGACUAUGCGGUCAAAGGGGAAAGCUGUCAAAGAAACAUGGGGUAAAAGAUGCAACAAAUUGAUAUUCAUGAGUUCUGAAGAUGAUCCUUCUUAUCCAUCUGUCAACCUUGGUGUACAAGAAAGCAGGGAUAAUUUAUGGCUUAAAACUAAAGCAGCCUUCAAAUACAUUUAUAAACACCAUCUUAAUGAUGCUGAUUGGUUCAUGAAAGCAGAUGAUGAUUCGUUUGUAGUGGUAGAGAAUGUUCGUCAUUUCCUUUCAAAGCAUGACCCCAAUGAUGCCCAUUUUUUUGGAAGAUGGUUUACACCAUUUGGUGGUUAUAAUAGUGGCGGAGCUGGAUAUAUCUUAAGCAAAAAGGCUGUAAGGCAGUUUAUGAAAGCAAUGAACAAUCCAUGGAAAUGCCCUCUGAAACACUUUGCAGAAGAUGUAGCCUUUGGUAACUGCCUUGCAGCUUAUGACAUUCAUCCUGAAGACACUAGAGACCACCUUGGUCGUCAGACUUUUCAUCCUUAUGCUUUGGAUUAUCACCUUAUUCCUGGAUAUAUUGGCAAAGAGGACUGGCUGCAUUCAUAUGAUAAAUAUCCAGUCCAAGUAGGGCCUCAGUGUUGUUCUGAUCAUUCAAUGACUUAUCAUUAUGUAGAUAUUCAGAAUAUGUAUGUUUAUGACUACUUUAUCCAUCAUCUUUUCCCUUAUGGAAUUAACCAUAUAGAUAAGAAAUAA